CCACUCAAAGCGCCAAUUCGAACAGUUCAUUUCUAUUCGUCUUGGCGCGCACUUCGAAGUCUCAGCAACAGAUAUUACGGAAUAUCGCGAUCGAUCUAACCGUUUCCCAGAGAAAAAUACAUAUUUAAAAAUAGUAUUGUAAUUUAGUUCAAAAGAUAUAGUAUUAAUUGAUAUAUGUAAAUGUCAAUAGCGUCGUAAUUAUCACUCACUUAAAGUCAGCGUGGCGUUCUUACUACUCUGUUGACAUUACUCAGUAGCGAGGUCAAGCUCUUAAUUGAAUUAUUACUUCGCACAGUGACACACAGUAGAGAAAAGCAACACUAAAAGAAAAGAAUAAAAAAUAAGACGGUCGCUACACAACCGUGGAAGCUAGCGACAGCCGGCGGUUCGUCAGCUGAUGAUGCAUUAAGUGCUGCCGGCAGUGCCAAUCAGCCGCCAACAGCCAACGGGCAAUGGCAUAUCAAGUGAAUAUACCGGCAACCCUACAACGCGACACUUUGGUUGCGCUGCUUUUCCUCAUCAUCCUGCAGGCGUUAAAGGUACGUUGCGAUGCCGCCCUUGUCAACGCCGUUACGCUGAAUGACGACGUUGUUGGAAACCCACUCGCGUUCACAAGUAAUACACCGCCGGAAUCACCACAGUCGCUGCGCACCUGUAAUUCAAUUGAGGUGCGCACAAGAAAGGAUUUUGAAUUGCUAAAGAAUUGCACACGUGUGCAUGGUCAUGUUUGGCUGGCGCAUAUGCAGUUGACGCCGCACGAUGUCGGUGCGCUGAAAUACCUUAGUGAGGUGGAGGAGAUUACCGAUUACCUACUGGUGCAUCGCGUUCAUGGUCUACCUUCGUUGCAUCAUAUAUUUCCACAUUUGCGCCUCAUACGCGGUCGUCGUUUGCUCUUCGACGAGUUUGCACUGGUCAUAUAUGAGAAUCGUGAUUUAGGCUAUUUAGGGCUCGGCUCGUUGUUGCGCAUACAGGCCGGUAAUAUUAGGAUCGAAACGAAUCCAACACUUUGCUAUGUGGAUACCGUGAAUUGGGUGCAGUUGUUGGGCAAUAGCUCACAGCAGCAUUUCUGGUACAAGAAUAAUAAGCUGUACAAUCAUUGUACGCAAUGCAAGCGCACCAGAAAUCAAAUUCUUGUAGAAGAAGACCUGCCGAAUAGGUUGCGUAAGCAUUGCUGGGGCUAUGAUAUUCCACAAGAGCGACCGGCUACGAAUAAUGUUGUCAAUUGUCGCGCGGAGUGCGGUGUUCGUGGUUGUGAUGACAAUGGUAGUUGUUGCGAUCGUAAUUGUUUAAGCGAGUGCGAUGGCAAGCGUUGCAAUUUGUGUGCGAAUCUGAAUCUGGAACGCCAGUGUGUCGACAAGUGUCCACAGAACUAUUAUCAGCAUGAAGAUCGUGAUUGCAUAAGUGCAUCGCAAUGUCAACAAUUGGGUUCAAUACCGUUAGCGGGUAUUUGCAUGGAGAAUUGUCCUAAAAAUUAUUUGAGCACAGUCGAUACAAAGGGAAACAAGAUUUGUAAAUUGCAAUGCUCUGGAAAAUAUACCAUACACACAGCAACCGAUGCGGAAAGCCUGCAAGGCUGUAGUAAAAUAAACGGUUCACUCAUCAUCGAACUGACCGAUAUUAAGACCAAAAUCACUGACUUGGACAACGCGUUUGUUAAUAUUACCGAGAUCACUGGUUAUUUGAAGGUGGUAAACUCACCACAGUUGCUCACGCUAUACUUCCUACGCAAUUUAGUCACCAUACGCGGUGAUGAGCUCGUCAAUGAUUUAUAUGCGCUUGUUGUGCUCGAUAAUUAUCACUUGUCCGAAAUAUGGGCACCAAAUCAAAAUGUUGCCAUACUAAAGGGCAGCAUAUACUUUCAUUUAAAUCCACGCUUAUGUUUAUCUAAAAUACGUGAACUACAAAAAUCGUUGAAAAGCGCCAAACUCAUUACCACGGUGAAUGCUUCGCCACACUCAAAUGGCGAGCGCGUGAUUUGCACCAGUCCCCUUAUUAAUUUAACAGUUACAAUUGAGGAUUACAAUUCUACAGCUGCGCGCGUGAAAAUAGAGACAUUCACUCUGAAUAAUAUACAAAUUAUACUUGGCUAUGUGUAUUUCUAUAAAGAAACGUCGGUGCAAAAUGUAACACUCUAUGACGGAAGGCAUGGCUGCGGUCAUGAUAGCUGGCAUAUGAAAGUGAAUCCCACUAAAAAUAUCCGUUAUAUCAUUACCAAUUUGAAGCCGUACACACAAUAUGCUUACUUCGUCAAAACGCUCACGAUGACCGAUUAUCAUAUACACAUGGAUGCAUAUUCGAAAAUACAAUAUUUUCGCACACUGCCAAGUAAACCUGGACCGGUGAGGAGAAUCUAUUACACAGCGAUUGCUAUGGACAAAAUUGUCUUACACUGGUGGCCACCACGCAAUCCGAAUGGCAUUAUCGAAAAGUACAUAAUUAAUUAUGAAAAGCCACAGAUUGCAAAAGAAAAUGUGACACUCGGUAAUUAUCCAGAUUUGCGUAAAUAUUCUGAAUCCUGUGAUUGUGUUUUCGUAAAUCCAGAGGAUAGUGGACCUUUGCCCUCGGAUGAAAACUAUUAUUUUAAGGAACAAAUCAUUUAUGAAGAAACUUUGCCGAAUUUGAUUUUUGUGUCUCGUAGGAUAGAUAAUGUGCGCGUACGCCGUAAUGCCGACACUAAUAUCUUUAAUGAAAGUCCGAAUUGUAUUGGAAGAAAACUGUCAGUCACGCACAAUACUAUCAAUUCUUUUUUGGAUAAUACAGAAAAACAUUUACGCAUUACACGCAAAAUACUAGAUAGUGAGGCCAAAUCAAAGGAUAAUAAUAAUAAAUUGGAAGAACAAAUGAAUAAAGAUGAUCACGAUCUUGAAGAAGAACAAAGGAGACGAGGUGAAGCCAGCCUUCUUUGGAUACUGGAGCAACAGGAAGAACAAGCACGUAAGUUGCAGGAUACGGGCCCAGACGAUUUUCCAAUUAUCAAGCGGCGACCGGUGUGUCCGAUACGAGAUGCAUCAACACAAUAUCAAUUGCAAAACAAUUGUCGGCCACUGGAAAUAUACGAUGGUAUAAUAACGCCGGGUAACAUACAUUCCUACACUUUGGCUGGUCUGGAGCCCGACCAAACGUAUCGUAUAACAAUACGCGCUUGUGCCACCAAUUUAACAAAUGGUUGCGGCGAAGUAACAAGUAUUUUUGCGGAGACGGUUAGCAAGAGUAUGGAAGAAUUCCUUGAGGGUUUAAGAGCUUUUGAUUAAUAUGAAUAACCAACACUAGCUUCACACAAAUGUAAUUGUAUUAUUGUAGUGAUUAAUAAAUUUAAGUUGUAUAUUAAUUGCUUAUAUUUGAUACAAUUAACUUUAAAUAGCACAGCAUUUAGUUUUGAAUGAUUUGAAUUAAUUUCUUCUAAUAAAAACAUUCAACAAUUUCCGCCUGUAUGUCGAUAA